GUGUGUUGCAGAUGCAAUAAACAACAGAGUUGCGCAAUGUCUAUACAGGGUGUACAGGACGUGUUAAAUCAAAGCGGAUAUACACUGGAAAGGAUAUAUGCAACCGACGAUGUUUCUACUACCAGCCAAAUACACCAGGUAGUCAACCAGAGUGCAUCAAACAUGGAGAACAUCACAUUCAUCGGUUCAGAACCAAGAUCAACCUCUCCCGUUGAAAUUGCGACAUCAAUCGCUUGUAUAUUGGCAAUAUUCGUCAAUUUCUGCGUGUUGUUGGUAAUUUAUAUCGGCCCACGAGCUUUUAGGACACCAACAUUCUUCUUCAUAAGUAGUUUAGCAACGGCUGAUCUUCUGACUGGCAUCACAAUCUUACUGGCGAUAUUUCUGCCAGUGAGUGACCACUCAUGGGAAAGAAUUGUCUUGAAAGGUUUAGCAGUGGUGUGUUUCAGCGCUUCGGUCAAUAAUCUUAUGGUUAUAGCGGGAGACAGAUACUUAAAAAUUAACGACGAUCGACGAUAUGGAACGGUAUUCACCAAUCGGUCGGCGGCGAUACUCAUAGUUCUAACUUGGAUUUGCGCAAUUUCCUUGUUCCUAGUUGCCCCCUUGGUGGGCUGGUCAUGCGGUGAGGAUUUCUGCACAUGCCCACGUGAUGCGAUGUGUGUGUGUGACAAAAACUAUUGUUCGCAAAGCUUCACACCGUUCAGCAAGAGCUAUUUGAUCGUUGGCGUCUCCUACUUCGUAGUCAGCCUUAUCGCAAUGGUUGGGCUCUACUGGGCGAUUUUCGCCUCUGUGCGGCGUCGAGCAGGAUCUAAGCGGCAUCGAAACGGGAGCGUGGUGGGCCCUGUUGCGAGUCGCGGCCCCUUCGUUAUGAUACAUAGGCGACGAGAAAUCCGUCUUGCCAAGACCCUUGUUAUCGUGAUGGGAGUUUUCUUCAUUUGCUGGUUGCCGGUGGUAACGCUGUUCGUGUAUGACGUCAUAGUGGAUGACAAACGACUCAUUGUUUGGUUCGAUUAUUGUCUCGCUUCCGCUGUGAUCCACCCGCUCGCAAACCCGAUUAUAUAUUCACUUCGACUUCCGCGGAUGUGGUGUACUUUUAAGUACCUUGCUUACGCCGUAUGGCGUCGUUUAAUCAUGAAAUCGUCUCCGCCGCGCCCUCACCCGGGCAAACUUUAUCGCUGCUCGUCGUCUUCUGUUCGCAGGCAAGGCAGUGGGGCGGCCUCGCUAUCCUCGCAGUACAGUAUACGACACCGUGCAGAAAAAGCUAGAAGAACGCCGAAUUUGUCAGUUGCAACUCAGGUAUCAAACACAGGCCCAGAAAGAACAUCGUCAGACGGAAGUGAUGUGUUCUUACACGGUAGCGAGCCACGCGUGUGCUCGACCGUGCAUCGCAGCUCGUCAGCUAAAGUGGUCACGAAACGAGACGACGUAGAACCUCCAGCGAAACGAAGUCUCACUUUGUGCGGGAGAGAGGCGAAAAAACGGGAAGGUUUCGGCUGGAAUUAUAGAAGAGACCGAAGCAAGAGAGGAACCAGUAAAACUGUGCUGCUGUCAGAUGGUAGCGUGGUUCCUCGGGACAGCGUUAGUAUAUCACCCCCACUACAACCGGAGUACAAGCUUGCAUGGAACUAGAACUAAUACAACACCGAACUUUUAUCUAUCACUUCGAAAACGAUAGCCAUGGUCAUGUUAUUUAAAGAACGAAGAGAAGGGAAUCAACAACAAAACACCAGUUGUUAAAACACGCUAUGGAUAAAAGGUGUGGAAAGGGUGUCAGUUAAUAAGCGUGGCUAUUGCACCCAACUAAUGUAUACCUGGACCGCUACCGUUAACAAUACAUGGUGUGGUGAUUAUCGUUGCGGCAUCUGUACUGAGCGUAGUAGGCCUAUAGCUUAUUUUGUGCCGAAACGAAUCUUAUACCGAAUUUCCUACACAAAUUUGUAAGCAUUUUUCGAGCCGAAUACGAAUCAAACUUUUAAUUCAGUCAAUAUGUGAAAUUAGAGCGGCGUUUUUCAAUGGGUUGUAACGCACGCAUAUUUUUUACGCGUCUGAGUGUGAUGCGGUGUCGCGGCACCGGUCGCACAAAGGACUUAAUGGGCUUUCCGGGUGUUGGGGUAAUGGACCAAAUCUGGCCUAAAUCCCAGGUCCUUUUCAAAGACCUCACCCAUAAAGAAUAAAAAAAAAUAAAGGCACGCAUAGCUGAUUUGUUGCUUACCGUUUGUACAGUUCAUUCCGUGGCAAUAUGUUACAAUAUAAAGUUGAUAUAUAUUUUAUUAUAUAGUAAAAGUUAGCUACAACAUAAUACAGUCACUUUAAAUCUACUACAAAAGUAUUUAAGUGUUUAAAACUGGCAAAAGUAUUUAGAUGUUUAAAACUGGAUUUUUUCAAAACUUUAUUCGUUUUAGUUUCGAUUUUGAAGAAAAAUAGCUUGGAACUUGGCGAACACGACAAAAUGCAAAACUAAAAAAGACUGCAUCUAGCUUUACUAUUAAAAACGAGGGAGCCAUAAACAGGCUACAGAAAUAAGGAUCUAUAAAUUUUCACAUACUGGUCAAAUAUGUACAGAUAUAUUCGUUUUAUGUGUGAGAUGCGUUGUGAAAAAUCACGUUUCGAUAUAAAAAUAAAUAAAAAUUUUGAACUGUAAAAA